UGAAGGGCUGCAAAAGAAAAGCGAGAAGUUGCUUUGCAGGUAGGCAGGGCCCAGUGGAUGCAAAGUUUGGGCUGACCAGGAAGAAAUGCAAAAAAUGAGGGUGAGAAGCACUAAAAAGCAGCAAAAAGGAACAAUUUCCCAGCAGGGAAAGGAGGGGGAAGCUGCUUCCUGGUGCUGGCAGCAAAACUGCUGUGUCCUGCACGGAAACUCUGCUCAUGGGCAUCUCCCCUCGCCCCUUCCCCAUCUGCCCUGCAGCAUCCCCAUGGAAAUCCCCCCUUGAAGAAGCCAAUUUUGUUACCAUGCGUCGCAUUUAUUUUCGCAUUCAGCAUCAGACAGAUCCAGGUGAAGUGGAAGCCCCAAAAUGAAGGAAACAAGGGAAUAUCCCGACUUUUUGGGCACAGAAUGGAGCAGGCGGGCAGGUUCCAGCUUGGAGGUGAAGCGUGGGGCGUGCAUUACGGGCCAGCUCGCGAUGGCAGCGGUGUUCCUCGUCCUGCUCGUCACCGCCGUCGCCUUUGCAGUGCAGGCGUUCCAGCCCCGUCCCCAGCCCUGUGCUCAGUGUCCCUUCGACUGGAUCGGGUUCAGAGGAAAGUGCUAUUACUUUUCGGAGGAUGAGAGCAAUUGGACCUCCAGCCAGAACAACUGCUCCGCUCUCGGCGCUUCCUUGGCCGUGUUUGACAGCGCUGAGGACUUGAGCUUUGCAAUGAGACACAAAGGCAGCUCGCCGCACUGGGUUGGCCUCUCACGGGAAGGCGAAGAGCAUCCGUGGGAAUGGGAGAACCGCUCGCCUUCGCCUCACCUCUUCCAGGUGCAAGGCAGUGGUCUCUGCGCAUACCUGGGGGACGCCGGGCUCAGCUCCUCCUGCUGCAGCACGCAGAGGAAUUGGGUUUGCACCAAACCCGCUGCAAAAAGCCCGAGGAAGAACUUCUGCAUCAGGACCUGAGCGGCUCCCGGACCUGAACGCCCGAUGCAAAAGGAGGAAACGAAAGCAAAGCACCCUGCUUUAGGCUGUGCUCAGCAGCGACAGGAGGGGAGCGUGCUCCUCCAGCUGAGGUCCAGCAGUGCCACCUGCGGGGCUGCGCAAACCAAAGCAAAUCCCGCGCAGAGCUCCGGCUCGAAUUAACGUUUUCUUCGCAUCGUCUGCCUCUUAAUGACCGCUAAAAUCCCGAUUGUGGGGGCUAUUCAUGCGCUCUGAGCUGCUUGCAAAAGCCUUCACCCCUGCGCGAUGCAGCAGCAGAUUUUGGGGGAGGAUGAGGGGAA